AUGGAUGAUGCUGACCGGAAUAAGCUCUUUGUUGGGGGCAUUUCGUGGGAGACGACGGAGGAUGUUCUGAACGAGCAUUUCUACAAAUACGGCGUCGUUUCGGGCUCUGUGAUUGCUAAGGAUCGGGUUUCGGGCCAGCCCAGGGGUUUCGCCUUUGUGACCUUCUCUGAUUCGUCGGCCGUUGAUCGGGCGCUUCAGGACUCCCAUCAGAUUCUUAGCAGAACGGUGGAAGUGAAAAGGGCAAUUCCCAGGAGUGAACAACAGAGUCAACUGCAGUAUGGUAAGGGAUUGAGUAGAAACUUUGGUGGCACUAAUAACGGGUGGUUUCUAAGUGCAUAUUUUCUUGGGGGGUAUGGAGAAGAAGGCCGGGGAAAGAACGGUCUGUGGAAGGCUGUUCUUGCUGCUGCUAAGUCCUGGUCAUUGGGUAUUCCGUUGGGAUUAAUCAUAAGGGCAGUGACAAUUGGACACGCACCACCAACCAAUUUUAUACUGGUUACCAUGGGGAGCACUGCAGUCUUACUCGUCGGGUGGAGAACAUUAUUGUUCAGCAUUUUCCCCACCGACAAGGCCAAGAAGAAUGACGUAUACAAGCGUGGGAGCCCUUUUGAGCUGUUUGAGGUAUGUGCAUAUUGUAUCUCCCGAUCAAAUUUGCAAUUUUAUUUCCGUUAG